AUGGCUAAACUUGGGAUUUUGUAUUUACUUUAUUGUGUAUUUAUUUCAGAAUCUACGAAGUGUACUGUUGGUUUUCUUUUAGUCAAUGCAACAGUAGGUAUUGGUAUAAUAAAUCUUCCUGAAGCAUAUCAACAAGUAGACAAUUUAGCGUUAGCCAUCAGCAUCCAUUGCAUUAUUUGUGGUUGUUCGUUCAUUUCAAUGUUUAUUGUAGCAUAUGCCUCAGAUAAAACCCAAAGAUCAAGUUAUCAAGAUAUUAUGUUUGAUUUCUAUGGAGAGAAAGGUCGUGCGUUGACAUCUGUAUUUAUUUUUGUUAGUAUAUAUCUUUACUGCACCAGUUUAAUGGUAUUGAUUGGUGACCAAAUAGAAGAAUUUACCAUUUUCCUCGACCAUAACUUUUACUGCAAUCAUCAUGUAUGGUAUACACGAAGAGAGUUCGUAACAGUAAUUAUUAUGAUAAUCCUCCUACCAUUCUGCUUUCACAAAUUUAUUAACUAUCUGAAAUAUAUCAGUACUGUCGGUACUGCAGCAUUUCUGUAUGUCAGCUUAUUGGUUUUUGUGAAAUAUACACAAACACAUUCACCUUCUAGUCCAGUUAAAACGCCACAUGAACGCAGCAAAGCUAUCAUAUAUUUCAUUAUAGAUGUUUUGGUUUGCUACGAGGCACAAGUAAGUUCUGUUCCAAUCUACUCCAGUAUGAAGCAUCGAAAUUUGCGGUCAUAUACCAAGGUCCUGUGCGGAGCUUUUGCUCUCGCUACGUUCUUUUACAUGCUGAUGGGAGUCUUUGGAUCAUUGUCGUUCGGCUCUGAAGUGCACAGUGAUAUCCUCCUUUCAUACAAAAACCCAGACGUACCAGUAUUGAUAGCAGUCAUCCUACUUGCUGUCAAGGGAAUUAGCAGCUACACAAUUAUAUUCUUUCCAGGAAGAUCUGCUGUCCGGAGCUUAUGGUGUCAAUACUGGAAAUUUUCCGAUGAAGAAACAGAACGAAAAGAAAAUAUUCAUACUAUCGUAAUUACAUCGUUCUGGAUCGCCUCUAAUACUUUGAUGGCUAUGUUAUUAUCAAAUAUUAGAUAUUUUAUCUCAUUUUUGGGACCAUUCGCCUCUACCCUUACGUUUAUACUCCCAGCUAUCUGCCUCUACCGUUACACCAAAGAUAGAGGGAAUAAAAAAGAAUGGAAAUACAAUGCAACCAUUGGACUUAGUAUUUUUUUUAUUAUUUCGGGAUUAUGUUUUAUCGGACUGUCAGUAAUUGUCAUGGUUUUUGAAUAUCAGAACGGUGAAAGUAAAUCUGUGUCAUGUGAGACUCUUUCCAAUGUAACAUAUCACUAACUGGAAAUGAUUUCAUUUCAUGUUUUAUAUUUUAAUCUAGAGAAACUUUCAUUGCGAUAGUACAAGGUUUUAAAAGAAAACUUAACUACUGUGGUCGAUUCAUUCUUUUAAAAAUUCCUCAAGGCGAUGCCCCAGCAUGGCCGCAGUUUAAUGACUAAAACAAGUAAAACAUAAAACAUAAAAGAUGCUAAAUGGGGAUAACAUAGCUAAAUGGGAGGGUACGGAAGUGAUUCAAACCGAGUGACACUUUUAUGAGGAAGGACUCUUUUAUGGGGAAGGACUCUUUUAUGGGGAAGGACUCUUUUAUGGGGAUGGCACUUUUGGGUAUAUUGUAUAUGCCUGAAUAUAGGGUCAGGGAGUUUCAAACUCAAAGGCUACCCCGGGUGACACACACUGUAGCUAGGCCACCAUUUCUUAAUAUAUUAAGAAAACGAAAGAGGGAGAGUGUGUGUGUGAGGGAGAGAGAGUGAGAGGGUGAGAGAGAGAGAGAGAGAGAGAAAGAGAGAGUGGAAAAGACGAGUGUAAUUUGCGCACCUGUGUAAUUUACGCAGGUGAUUUUCGGGAUAAAAAUUAUAAAAAAAAGCUUCUACUCGUGUAAAAUUCGCACCAAAAAGUUUUCAGAAUUGCCGCUUUGGCCAGGGGAAAAAGGUUUCCAAUUUAGUUGUAUUUAGCAUCAUUUCACUUACUUAUGGUUAGAUUUUAU